AUGUUAACAAUUAUAGUGUUUAUAAUAAUUAAUAUUUACUUAAAUGCCAGCAAAGUUUGGUCCCUAACUAUAAUCGACGAUCGGAUUAUUGACAAAAGAGCGCCGGAAUUUCGUGGCGAACACUACCUGUCCCAUGACUUGCGUAACGCCUACCAUAUCGGGCCAAACAGCGGUCUCAUAACGUUUACGUUUCCGGCGGACAAGAGGCCCGACACGAAAAACGAUUUGCUAGCCCUGGGGUUUCAGACACGGGAUGAAAAUGCACUGCUGGUCAGGAUUGAAAGCGGUACGUCCGACUAUAUGGAACUGGCACUGGUCGACGGUAAUGUCCUGAUGGUCUACAAUCUGGGUAUCGAAGAUCUGGACGUCGGGGAACUCAGUUUUCGGGUCAACGACGACAAAUAUCAUACGGUCAGGUUUACCCGAUCGGCUCAAAAUUCGACCAUUCAAGUGGACAACCAUCAUGUUGUACAUAAAAGUCCACCCGGCCGCCAGUUGACCAUUUUCAAUAGUCAUUCGCGUAUACAGUUAGGCGGCAAACGUAAUAUUGUCCGCAAUACUAUCGAUCGGCCAUUUCACGGGAUAAUUGCCGGUUUUGUAUUCAAUGGUCAUCGUAUACUCGAUAUGGCUGUCAAAGAUGAUCCGCGUAUAUCGAUUGACGGCGACGUCAAACUGUUGGUCUCUAUUGAUAAUAGCGGCGGCAGUGGUGGCGGCGGCGGCAAUAAUAAUAAUAGUGGCGACAAAAAAGAUAGCAUAAUAAACAUCAAUCACGACUACAACUACAACAACAACAAUAGCAGGACUACUGGUGGUAUUGGUAGUGGUAGUGAACACCAUCAUCAUCACCACCAUCAACAACAACAUCUGGGUAGCAGUUAUUACGAAAACAGUACACUUAUGGAAACAAGUGGUCCACAAAUGCAAGAGGCCAAAACAUCCGUCGGCUACGACAUCAAUGACCUGAUCUAUUCGGGCGCCGGUUCCGGUUGUUUCGAUGCCGACGACGAAGACGACUGUUCCCGUAUGGAGGCUUCUGGCGGCGGCGACGGCGGCGACGAUCUUAUAACACCUGUCUAUAUAGCGAGUCCGCGAUCGCCGGUUACGGGAGUACCGCCCUAUUCGCUACAGUCGACACCGCAUGGAUCGGUAGGCGGUGUGGUGUCCCAUAAGUGCGACGCCGACGACGAAGACUGUAUCGAUGGUUCGGGUUCGGGUGAACUAAUCGGUGGCCAACAACAACAUAUAACCAGCUCAAGUAAUAACAUCUACUAUGGCAGUGGCGGCGCCCAGACCAGCCUAUAUGCACCGCACAUGACUACCACAACUGUAUCGGCCUAUCAUCGACCACAGUGGACAGUCGGGACGCCGCGGCCGCCACCGCUAUACCCGGAAAUUACGCCACCCUAUUACCCGAUAGAUCAGCAAUUACCCGAUCAUAUGUCGACUGCAGUGAAUAAUCCAUUUAUUGUUUAUACAACACAACGUCCAAUAACACAGCAACCCAUUUGGGAUCGACCUAUCUAUAAGAUAAGUGGUACAACCAGGCAGCCAUCAUCAGCAGCCGAUAACCGUAAUAUUGGCCGACCAGCGCAGCUGCCGGAAUCAAAAGAUCCGCCCACUAUUUAUCAGAUACCGGUGCCAGAGAUACCGAAAAUAUUUGUCAAAGAACCGGCAAAACCGAGUACUCCAGUGCCCAAUAAGAGUACCAGUGAUCGGACAGUAAUGAUAAUCGGCUUAAUAGCCAUCGGACUGAUUGUUGUUGUUAUUAUAGCGCCGAUUGUCCUGUUUUUCAAAGUCCGUUACCGUACGGACACACAGUUUAAGAUCAAUGACGAUACGAUUAAUAAAAGUCACUAUCAAUUUCAACCAGUUUCGGGAUCAACGUCAUCCAUGUUGGCCACUGGCGGUCUACCCCAGACACAUCUCAUUGGUGGCGGCGGCAUUGGUGGCGGUGUCGGUAUGUCCAGGACGUCGCCCACCACUGACCAACACCACAAACCGUUGAUAAAAAUGCCCAAAAAGAAAGAUCUUAAAGAGUGGUACGUCUAGAGAGAGAGAUAGAGAUAGAGACAGACAGACAGACAGUUUAUGGACAGUCAUAUCAUAUGAUUGACUCCUAAAAUCCUCUCUCACGGGAUGUCCGCUACUCUGUGUGUACUAUAACUGUACAGUACUUUCUGAUCAUUGAAAAUAAAAUUAACAAAAAAAGAUUGUAUGAUAUAAUCAAACAAAUAAUAUAUAAUAAUAAUAACAACAACAAAAUGAUUGUGAA